AUGUUGCACACUUCCCAGAAGCAUCGGAAUUUUGUAUCUGAGCCUAUGGGCGAUAAACCAGUCACAGCACUGGCUGGUAUUGGAGACGUUAUUGGCGGCAAAUUGGAAGAACAAGGAUUUGAUAAGGCUUAUGUGCUUCUGGGACAGUUUCCUGUGUUAAAGAAGGUUGCAGAUGACCUCUUUAAAGAAUGGUUGAAAGAUUUGUGUGCAGCUAAUUCCCAUCAAGCAGUGUUAUUAUUAUUAUACAGUAUUUAUAUAGCGCCAAAAAGUUUGCUCAGCGCUGUACAUUAUAGUGGGGGACAGUACAUAAGACAAUAG